ACAUUUGUAAAUUGAGUUAAAAAUCCAAUUGGAAAAUAUUUGCUUCGCAUCUUUAAAUGGAGUUUAAAUAUUUUUUCUUAAUUGUUAAAAAAAGUUGAUAGCUUUGUACUAAGAAAAAUAAUAUUAUCUGUAAGAAAAUCGCAUGAUAUAUCGUUCAUUGUUGACCACCACUAAUAAAUGUAAAGUAUUGAAAAUUCAGAAAUACUGAAGAAGUAAUCAGUGGUAUUUUCAGAUAAACACAAUUAAUUGUUUUAUUUAUGCAUAUUUAGUAAAAUAUUUGUAAGUGACAAUGAGAAUUUGCGGUUUACACAAUAGAACAACGGCAGCUGGUGCUGGAGGCAGUGCCACUGCAAUAGAAUCAUUUUUGCAGCCACAAUUAAGAAAGCAGUUCGCCGAUGAGGUGAAACAGAAACAGGCGAUCUCAGAUCAUUUGAUAAACAAAAUACUCUACUCCAAAAGAUUGCUUGUUGACCAUGUAGAAGCAUUGGAACAGUGUUUGCGAAAUAUAAAUCAGCCGGUGAAUGGAACGGAUGAAACAGAUGCAAGAAGUGCUGGUUCUGCUAGUUCCAGUGCGGAAAUCUUUACUGCAAGAAACACUUGUAUAUUGUUGGGUACCACCAUAUUGGAGCAUUUCGUAACGCCGAAAUGGUUACGAUUAUCAUUAGUGCCGUCACUGCUGUUGACAACCGGCUUCAGCGCUAUUUAUAUGAUUAAGAAUAUAUUCAUUUUUCGUAAUAAGAUUGUCGAAAGUGAGUUGGACAGUUUGAUACGGACGAUUGAUGAAUUUGGGAAUUGCAUUCGGCGAAAUAUGACAUAUUUCAAUGAAAUACUCAUAAUGAAGCAACAAGAGUUGAUUGAAUCUCGUCAAAUAGAACGUGCUUGGGACUGUAUCACAUCAGCGAAGGAGGUCACAGAAAUAUUGUAUGAUGCAACACGCAAAUUGGAAACGCAGUAUCCACUGCCUGUACGUUUUUCACAAUACUACUCGCAAAUGGAAGAGUUGCGCGAAUGUGAAUAUUUCAAAAAUAACGUCACUGAUUACAGUCCAAAACAUAUAAAAGAUUUUCACAAUAUAUUUGCGUACGUGCAGUCACAGUUCUUGCUACGGCUUGCGCUCACGAUCUCAACUAAGCCAUCCAUCAGUGAAUUGAAUGGUGAAUUAGUUAAAAUUGAUUGCCUUAUUCGGCAACUAGUGCAGGAGGAAGAAAAUCACUUUAAAAAUUUAGCUAUCGAGAUAAAUAAAAAGAAACAGUUAGAAUUAGAGGUGUUGAACGCCACAAAAGCUAUGCAAACUCGGAACAGCCCCGUCGCUGUACUGCAAAAUUCUUCGCUCAAAUUAAGUGCAUGCAUGGUAGCUGUUGCUGGUGAGUGCCAAGCGCUUGAUAUUACACUGCAACGACUUACCGAAACUGAAGCGGAACAAAAAGACAAUGCCAAGCAACUCAUUCAAGUAGCAAACAAUAUGCGGGGUAUUGAAAACGCUUUAUCUGUGUGCUUCGAUGACUUUCAACGUCUAAUGUUGGUUUAUAAUAAAUUUUUGAAUAGCAAAUUGGAUACUCAGCAUCAGUCAACUGUUGCCGAUAGCGAAAAUAACAUAACAAACAAUGAAGAAUUUCCUGAAAGUAUUUUACGUGUAGAAAUUUCACAAAAUCAUAAUGAUGAGAAUAAACGUGAUGAUUUCUAUGCGUACAUGUACGAUGAACAACAAGCACAGGCCGAGAAAGAUCAACAAGAAGCUGAGGCUAAAGCUCAAACCAAUAGAGAUCAUGAUAUGGAAAUUUUAAACUUUGAAAAACGAAUAACGGAAGGGAAAUUCCGUCCGGUAUUGAAGCAAUUGAAAGAUCGUAUCGAUCCAAUUAGAAGUGAAAUGCUGGAAAAAGAACGUCAGGUGUUGGCAGCUAAGGGGAUUAAUGUUGACGAACUUUUUGGUAAGGAAGAAAAUACAAAGAAUGUGGAAAGUGAUAAACCAGAGAACAAAAAAAGUAUUAGCUGGGAGCAGAGUGUCGAUAGAGAUAGCGAUAGCGAAGGCUCAGCAGACUUAGAAUUUCAAAGGAGCAAUAAAAAGUUAAAGGAACGUGAUAACUUUGCGGAAAUGCGAAAUUUUUUGGCACAAAAGCAAGCUAUUAAUAUCUUCAGACUGGAUGAUGCAGCACCAAUAACAACAACGGGAAAUGAAGAAAUAUUGGAAAGUGAAUGUUAAAGCGCUUAAACACUGUGCAAUUAAAAGGUGACGAUGAUAGCAAGGCAAAUAGAUAAUUAGUAUUUUAUUCGGCAAAUCAUUUUGAUAAGACGAAAAUACAAGAGCAUUUUACUUAGCAAACAUCUAUUUAAUUUGAAAUUUAUUGUUAUGUUAACACACAUUUUUCAUUGUGAGUGUAAAUGUUAAUUUAUACAACUUUAGACUGUUUGAAUUGUUAAAAGCAAAUGUUCAUAAACGUAAAUUAGCGGUUGAGAAAAUUUGACUGUCUAAAAAAUGUCAACGGAUUUAGGAGCCACAGUUACACAUAACUAGCGCUCUAAAGAUUAUAAAUCUGAAGUUUGUAAAUAUGAUAAAAAAAUUAGAUAUGCAAUUGGAUGAUAAGUGUAUAUACGAUAAUCAGCUUUUUAGCAAAAUUUUACACGCGGUGUUUGGUACUUCAUACUAUAUAUAAAAAACAAAUAUAUGUAUAUACUAUAUGCAUGUAUUGAAUGCAUCAUACGUAAAUUAUCGAAUUGUAUGAUAUAAAGCUAUUGUAUACCUUUAAUCUACUAUUUAUUCUGCCACUUAGCCAUCCUUUCCUGCGCAGUGCGCUUUUAUCUGUGAAUUGAUAAGAUUAACCUUAAACUUUAUACUUUUAUUGCUUCUUGUUUAGUUUUAUUUUUAGCUUAAGUUUUCAUUUGCCAUUUACUGUUGCAACCAUAUGUGUAUCCAUAUAUUCUCGUAUACUGAGUUGAAAACUUUGAAGUCAGCACACCUUCAUAAUUUUCAUAAAGCACAAAAGUUAUAAAUAUUUUUAAUUUUAUUGUUCCUACUUAAAUGAAAUAAAAAAGUUUCAGUAUAAAUGCCGUUUAUAUUUGCCUUUUUGAAAUUGUACAUAAAAUAAAUAAAUUAGAGGCGGGUUUAAAUCCUCAGUUAAAAUUCUCCAAAUAGUGGGUUUAGCCGUAUAUAAAUCCUCAUCCAACAUUAUCGUAGUAAACGAAGGUUUUCCACAGCUUUCUCACGAUUUUUAGCUUAUGGGCACUGGACUUUGGUUGCCAUUUAAAUUCCUAAGAUUAUUUUUAAAUCCAAACAUAAACUUGAGUACGACUCAUAUAACCAUAAACUUUGUCAUCAGGAGAUUUUUU